UCCCAAGAUGGAGUUUCUCCUGGGGAACCCGUUCAGCACCCCAGUGGGACAGUGCCUCGAAAAGGCUACAGAUGGAUCCCUACAGAGUGAGGACUGGACAUUGAAUAUGGAGAUCUGUGAUAUCAUCAAUGAGACAGAAGAAGGUCCUAAAGAUGCCAUACGGGCCCUGAAAAAGAGACUCAAUGGGAACAAAAACUACAGAGAAGUGAUGUUGGCAUUAACGGUGUUGGAGACUUGCGUCAAGAACUGUGGCCAUCGAUUUCACAUCCUUGUGGCAAACCGUGAUUUCAUAGAUGGUGUCCUUGUGAAAAUUAUCUCCCCUAAGAAUAAUCCUCCUACUAUCGUCCAGGACAAAGUACUGGCUUUGAUUCAGGCUUGGGCUGAUGCAUUUCGGAGUAGUCCUGAUCUCACUGGAGUGGUGCAUAUUUAUGAAGAACUGAAAAGAAAAGGGAUCGAAUUUCCCAUGGCAGACUUAGAUGCCUUGUCUCCAAUACAUACACCACAGCGGAGCAUCCCUGAAGUGGAUCCAGCAGCGACAAUGAAUAGGUCUCAAUCGCAACAAAGAAUGAACUCUGCUUCCUCAUCUGCACCUUCUCCUACACCAUACUCGGCUCCUCAGGCCCCAUCUUUGAAUGUGACUGGGCCUAUCACCGCCAACUCAGAACAGGAACUGAACAGGACCUGUAGAGCUAUGCAGCAGAGAAUUGUGGAACUCAUCUCCAGGGUUUCUAAUGAAGAGGUCACCGAGGAAUUGCUACAUGUGAACGAUGACUUAAAUAACGUCUUCCUCAGAUAUGAGAGGUUUGAACGGUACAGGUCAGGUCGUUCUGCUCAAAAUACCACUAAUGGAGUCCUGAAUGAAGUAACUGAAGAUAAUUUAAUAGAUCUUGGUCCAGGGUCUCCAGCUGUAGUGAGUCCAAUGGUGGGUAACACAGCACCACCAUCUUCUCUUUCCUCACAACUAGCAGGCCUGGAUUUGGGGACAGAUAGUGUCAGUGGAACCCUCAGCUCUCUCCAGCACUGUAACCCCCAAGAUGACUUUGAUAUGUUUGCCCAGACGAGAGGAAAUUCCUUGGCUGAACAGCGUAAGACAGUCACUUAUGAGGAUCCUCAGGCAGUGGGAGGUCUUGCUUCUGCACUAGAUGUUCGAAAACACAACACUGUGGGACAUUUUCUUUUCUCCGCCCAGAGGAGAGGUAAAGGUGGGAACUCCGACAUGGAGCCUAUAGACAAGUGGCUAAUUACACAAGGAAUGAUCCCUGUUGCGCAGUCCUCUGUCAUGGAUGACAUUGAGGUGUGGCUCAGUACGGACCUGAAAGGUGAUGAGCCGGAGGAAGGAGUCACAAGUGAAGAAUUUGACAAAUUUCUUGAAGAAAGAGCCAAAGCUGCUGAAAUGGUCCCCAAUCUACCCUCCCCCCCUGUGGAGGCACCAACACCACCCAUAAAUACAUCUGGCAGAAAAAAACCAGAGCGUUCUGAGGACGCCCUCUUCGCCCUGUGAUGCAUUUUCUUGGUCUCCUUCCUUGUGCUGUGCAGAACGCUGCUGUCUGGUCACACUAUACUCUCCUCAGUUGUGGCGAACACUGACCCCUCAUCUCCCCUCCUGUAUCUGUCAACCUUAUCCACUCCCCAGUCAGUCAUACCACUCUCACUCACUAAAAAGGAAACAUCACCUCUGUCACCUAUUUUAUUUCCUCUAAGUCUCCCACCCUUCAAAACUAGCUUUAACCACCUUUUCCUCUCUGGGCUGUGUGAAAUUGGCUGCUACUACUGAAACCCUUCUCUCCCCUCCCACUACUCCCACCUACCCUUCCCAGCUGGUCCCUCCCCUAAAAAACGUAAAUGCAUAAGCUCACUUUUCUCAUGUUGGAAACCAUGUAUGGCAGGGAAAGCUGCCCAGUGACUUGUCAAGGUGGUUUCCUAUUUCCCUUGCCUCAUAGCCAAAUAUUUAGCAGGAGACAACAGAGCA